CCUCGAUACGUUCGAUAUAUCGAGAUUGUUUGUAUUGAUAGUAUUAGUAUUCAAAGGAUGAAUAAGCUAAAAUCAUCAAACUCAGAAUUGGACUUGGAUCGACCCAAUCUGGAAGACUAUCUUCCAACUGGAUCCAUCCCUGAACCCCAUGGCAAGCUUCGCCUGCGUGAUUUGCUUGAUAUUUCUCCCACCCUAACUGAAGCUGCUGGUGCCAUUAUUGACGAUUCUUUCACCCGAUGCUUCAAGUCAAAUCCACCAGAACCUUGGAACUGGAACAUUUAUUUGUUUCCUUUAUGGUGCUUGGGGGUUGUUGUUAGAUAUGGGAUUCUUUUCCCUAUAAGAGUUAUUGUCUUGACAAUAGGAUGGAUAAUAUUCCUCUCUUGCUAUAUCCCGGUGCAUUUCCUACUGAAAGGGCACGAUAAGUUCAGGAAAAAGCUAGAGAGGUGUCUGGUGGAGCUGAUAUGCAGUUUCUUUGUUGCAUCUUGGACUGGGGUUGUCAAAUACCACGGCCCACGGCCUAGCAUACGACCUAAGCAGGUUUUUGUGGCAAAUCACACAUCUAUGAUUGAUUUUAUUGUCUUAGAGCAGAUGACUGCAUUUGCAGUGAUCAUGCAGAAGCAUCCUGGAUGGGUCGGACUACUGCAGAGCACUAUUUUAGAAGGUGUUGGAUGUAUCUGGUUCAACCGCUCAGAAGCGAAGGAUCGUGAAAUUGUAGCACGGAAGUUGAGGGAACAUGUUGAAGGGGCCGAUAACAACCCUCUUCUUAUAUUCCCUGAGGGAACUUGUGUAAAUAACCACUACUCUGUCAUGUUCAAAAAGGGAGCAUUUGAACUUGGCUGCACUGUUUGUCCUGUUGCAAUCAAGUACAACAAAAUUUUUGUUGACGCUUUUUGGAACAGUAGAAAACAGUCCUUCACAAUGCACCUCUUGCAGCUCAUGACAUCUUGGGCUGUUGUCUGUGAUGUUUGGUACCUGGAACCUCAGAACAUAAGACCUGGGGAGUCUCCAAUCGAGUUUGCAGAGAGGGUGAGGGACAUCAUUUCUGUUAGAGCAGGUCUAAAAAUGGUUCCUUGGGAUGGAUAUUUGAAAUACUCUCGUCCUAGCCCCAAGCAUCGAGAGAGGAAGCAACAGAGUUUUGCGGAAUCAGUGUUGCGUCGCCUGGAAGAGAAGUAGAGAAUUGGAUGUAUGCUUUGUCUCCAUGUGCACUUUGCUUUGAGUUUAAUUUUAUUCUCAAGUUUAUAUUUUCUGUGGCCUAUAGCCGUUCAAUUUGGAAUAGUUGUCAUGCUAUUCUUCUCAACUCGACAUUUUGUCCUUCAUCACUUUCUUUAGCCGUAGUUAAGAGAAUGUUAGUACAAAUUGGCAGCAAUUGCCUGUGAAGUGCUUCGCUUAUUCUUAUAGAGUUUUUACUUGGGAUAUCCACGCAGUAUACAUGUUUCUUGGGGCUGUUCAAAGAAUUGAACUUUCAGUUUCUUUUU